AUGGUAGUAUUAAAGAUGGCAAAUAUGGCCGAAGAUAGCAGGGCUCCAUUGUUUUCUUCUCCCAGAUCAAAAUCGACCAAAGUUCCAGUAGGUACUCCAUCAUCCUCUACUUUUACAAAUCCGCCGAGGUUGUCAAAUGUUCCGGAGUACGGUCACUCAACCGAUACUCUCAACAAUGAAAACUGUUGUGGAUGCAGUCGCUGGUCUUGCUCCAUGAAAAAAAACAAUGCUAAUAUGAGAGCAUUUAACAGACCGUUGCUACAGAAGAUUGUUAAGAAAGAUUUAUUUACAACUGAUCCCACCCUGGUCAUUAAUGAAAAUGCUACCACUCCGACUUUGGCAGGUCAAAUUCAAAGUAAACCAAAUAAUGACGGUGAAGCUUCUUCAUUAUCUUCCUACUCAACUGUUACUGAUUCAGAUCCGGCUGCAGAUAACAUCGACUACAUAAAAUAUUAUUUUGAAAACCAAAAAUCUCAGGGGCUAGGUACUGUUCAAUUUAAUAAUAAUAAUAAUAACACUAAAAAUCACAUGACCUCAUCCCCAGAAAACAGGUUUCUGCUAAUAAAUCAAAACAUUCCUAAUUAUAAAUCAAGAGCUCCAGCAAAUUCUCCAUCAACAAGCUAUGGGGGUCCACAAAGUGAUGACUCACCGAAAACAAUCUCUGAAAAUGAUGAUGGCUCAGAAAUCAUCUCAUCCCACAAUGCCAUAGAUAACAGAUUUGUGAACUUAUACAAGAAUCUUAUAAACGACGACAAUGGUAAUACAAUGAUAAAAAAUAGUGUCGCUAAUAACGAAAUCAAAGCAAGUAAACGUAAAACUUCUUUUUCUAGAAAUUACAUUAAAAGGCCGAAAAAUUACUCAACACCUAAAUAUAGUGAAACCAAAAUUUUGGGUAGUAAAAUUAAUGAAGCUCCACGACGCGAUAAAAACCUUGUAAAUAGAAUAACUCAUAGUCAAAGUGUCAGUUCAACUGAGGGCGCAAUAAAUCCGCCCAUCCCUGUUAUCGAAAAAUCAUCGGAAAAGGUUUCCCUAUGGUUACAGCACAUGAAUAGGCAGCGAGUGUUACCUCAAAUCUGCGAGCGACGACAAUCUCAGCAACAACAGCAUCAGCAACAACAUUUUGGGCACAUUCCUGAACAACAGAAUGAUAUUGAAAAACGAAAUCUCCAUAAGCAAAGACAACUCAAUCAACAUAGGUUAUACAAAAAAAAGCAUUCACCAAGAACAAAUAACAAGAGGCCAUUGUCUAACCAGUUUCCUAACCAUAAAAAUUCUCUUUUUAAAAAAACAGUCCAGACACCGGGCCUUCAAGAAAGACUGCAACAACAGCACAAAGAACAACAACACGUAGUCAAUACAACUCAACAAUGUCCAGGUCUUCAUCGUCGUCAUCCUCAUCAUCAUCCUAAUCACCUUUAUCACAAUUAUCUUAAUCAUCCUCAUCAUCAGUUUGGAGUUGGGGGAUAUGAUUAUUUGGACCAUCGUCGCCAACAUCACCUUAGCCAUAAUUUUGGUAUAGUGCCUUGUAACGAAUCAGCACCUAUAUUUUCAUAUAGCAACGUUAUCACCGAUAAUGACAAUAACCUCUGCAUUAUAAACAAUAAUUAUUUUUAUGCUAAUAAUAAAUAUUAUAACAUUAAAUAUGAUGAUGACGGUAGCAACGACAGAACGCGAGUAAACGUGGAUGAGUUUGAUGAAACAAGCAGCUACGGCUGCUCAGAUGGUAAGAUGCAUUUUAACAGCCUUGAUAAUGAUAGUGAUGUUGACAGUGGUAAGAAAAACAACAAGGAUUAUGAUGAUAAUGAUGAUGGAAAUGAUGAUGGAAAUGAUGAUGAUGAUGAUGGUAAUCUGAUCACAGCUGAUGCUUUUAAUGGUGAUGGCAAUUUGAAAAAUGAUAACAAAAGCCGUUGCAACAACAAUGAUGAUGAUAAUUUUGAGAGCAAUGUUUUAGACAUCAGCGUGAUUCAACAUGACCCAGUCAGCAACUAUCUCAGCAACUGUCUCAGCAACAACAACAACACGACAAUCAUCCCAACGACGACGGCAACAAAUGAUGAUGGUUCUAACGACAACAACAACUGCUCAACACCAAAAAACAAAGACACUAACCAGAAAUGCAGCCAUCUUAAUCAUGAAAAACCCCCUCCUAAGAGUUCCAAUAAGGAAGCAGGCAAACACGUUAACAUCAAUGAUCUUCUCGUGAAUGACCACAACACUAACGUGAACGUCAUUAGCAGCCGCAACAACAUCAACAACAGUAGGAGAAACAUUAACAACUGUGACAAAGCAACAACAAAAAUGGCCACAUCCACAAAUAAAAGAAGAGUCUCAAAACGACUGGUGCAAGUGAGUAGGUACUUGAAGAGAAAAAGUAGAAUGAAUCAAAGAGAUAAACUCUCAUCUUCACUUACGUCUGUGUCGAAGGAUGUUAAAACAUUGGCCGUCAUUUAG